AUCUUUGUCUGCGUCCACGUUGGCGGGUAUUUGUAUCCGAGUAUAUGUUAUUUAGGAUUUAUGAUGAUAGAGCGCGGGGUAUCUGUUUGAUGUGGUUGAAUGAUUUACUAAUAUGCCCCCUUUGAUGGUCAAGCACUGGAGAAUGCAUGCCUCGUUUCCUUGCCCCUAUCUUUUCUUACUAUUAUUUUUUUCUCUUUCUUUUCCUCUCUCCCUUCCACGCUUCCCCGCUUCUUUUCCUCCUUUCUCAUUUUUUUCCUUUUCUGCGUGAUAGGUUUCUACCCUUUUAUGGACUAUUGGCCUUUUAUAUAGUAUCCCCCAUUACCUCUUCAGAGCCUUUAUCAUAUCAUCAACAUCAUCAACAACAACAACAACAACAACAACAACAAUAUCAAAUUUUCAACAUUAACAUUGUCACUGUUACUUUGAUGAUGAUGAUGAUAUAGACGUGAUUGUCGUACUGUAGCCUGCUCGAACAAGCAAUAAAUUGAAUGU